AUGAGUUCUUCCCCGACGCAGAAGGCCGCGACGCCCCAGAGUGCCCAGCAAGCAGACAACGGCGAGUCCGACUCUGACUCAUCUGAUAGCUGGCGUCUUCGCGACAAAGUCGACGCACGCAAAGACAAAGCUACGAAACCCCAAUGGGUCGACCCAGAUCUGGAAGAAUUCGCUCUCAUGCUCAUUCUGCUAGCCGAAGCUGAAGCUCAAGCCCAGAUUCCUCCGCCUGAAGACAAGCUUUCAGAUGCUGAACAGCUCUCGACGCGCGAGGCUUCCUACAUCCUGGCCGUGUUCGACGAGCUGUACACUAGAGGCAACCUUCUCCUCCCACCUGUCGAGGACAGGGAGGGCUGGAACCUCCUCCUGCAACCCCUUUUGCCCGUCGCUCGCCCCAACAGCGAUAGCUUCAAUCUCGGUCCGAAGGCUACCAGAGCCCUUCUUCAACGCGAAGUGUGGCAGUCACUCAACGUCAAGACUCCCAACCUUCCUGCGAAGCUGCCCUGGCCGGUCAAGGGAGUGACCCAACCGUGGUCGUGGGAGCAUGCGCUCACAGGAGUUAGGCUUCCUUCUCCCUUCGCCACGAGGACACCCAUCCAUCUCCUAGACGAUGUCAUUGAGACCAUCAAGGACGCAGUCAGCGCGGUGCCCCCAACCAAGGAAGACUCUCCCCGUCGCGCGUCAGAGGUUGAGGCAGAACUUUGCGCUCACCCCAGCGUGGGCGAAGCUGUCGUUGUGGCUGAGGGUCCUCAGGCCGUCUACGCCUUCAUCACUCCCGCCACCGACACCACCGCCGCAGACGCUAUUUCCGUCGCCGAACUCGAGAAGGCUCUCAGCAAGUACACGAGUGCUACCGAGCAGAAGGUUGUCGUUCUCGAGACCUUCCCCGAGCUGCCCGUCGAGCUCUCCCCGCGCCGUGCUCUGCGCAGGGCUCUCGCCAAGCGUGCUGGCAAGGAGGACAUCCAGAACAUGGCGACCAAGGGCCACUUCUCCAAGUCCAUGGAAGAAGGAAAGGAGGGCCACGAUGCUGCAGUCGAGGCGCUCGCCGAGAAACUGGCGGCCGCCUUGGAUUAG